CGAGGGAAUGGGGGCGAGGAGCCGCCAUUACCCGCACCGGUGUACAGGUGUGGGGCAACAGGCGGCAGCAGCGCCAUGUGCGGCAGGACACCCGCACAGUACCAGCGCUCACGACGGACAGUGCGCCUGCUCCGCCGCACACAUCUCCUGCUGUCACCCGGCUGAUGGCGGCCGCCACUCUAUCUAUCUACCUACCCGCCCGGCUUCCUCCUCCAGCUGUGUCACUGUCACUCGCUGUGUUCGUAAAUGGCGCCGCCAGGUCACGUGAUAUGACAGGAUCACAUGGCAAUGGGGGGGGGACUUACUGUUACAGGUGUGCGCGAGCAGGUGUAUUAGGUGAAACGUCCUGCGGGGAGAGAAUAGAAGUGUCCGGCUUAGAGGGAGGAGAUGUGACGCUACCUGUGGGUGAGACUGGGAUCAGAGACAUCUCCUGGGUGGCUGAUAUGAGACUCAUUGUUAAAACAAAGUGGGGUAAACCUGUUGUGGUUCAUAAUGGACGACUGAGCGUCACAUCCAAUGGAUCAUUAAUAAUAGCUAAUCUGUCCAGAGAGGACCAGAGGAUCUAUACCGCUAAUAUCCGGAGACAGCUAUCAGGACAGUGUACACAGAUAUAUGAUCUCAGAGUAUAUGAGCCGCCAAGGAGGACCAGCCCCCGGCCUUCCACCAGUCAGACCACCGCUGGUACUCACACUGAAUCCACUAGAAGAUCAAGCCCCCCACCUACCAUGAGUCUGGUCCCCACUGGAAUUGGAGCCGGAAGAAACCAGAAGAAAGAUUAUAGAAGAAUGAUUAUUAUACGGCUGACGUUCUCUGCCUGCGUGUUCUGUCUCACCUGCUGUGCGUUCCUUCAUCACGUGAUCAGUGACAGGAUAAACCGCUCCCCUGACAGCGGCUGAAGUUCCCACAUUACUGGGAGGGCCGGGAUAAUAAAUAUGAAAUAACAUGUAAAACUUC